AUGAGUCACAGCGUUGACAAGGUCGAGUAUUUUCUACUCGAGUGGAGAUCUCAGAAUUAGCAGACGCGUUGAUAAGUAAUAACGCGCUGAUAAAGUACACAGAACAAACAAGUGACGCGUCGUGAUAUAAAUUAAAACACCCAAUCUAAAUUUAAAAGUAUUAAGUAGAAGAAAAAAUAGAGAGAUGGAGGCCAAAGAUAUACUCAAUAAUUCAAUGGAAAAAGACUCUUUGAAAGCUCAAAUGGAAUACGACGAAAUAGAUAAACUUUACGAUGAGUGCCUAGAAUAUUUGAAAGAAGCCAAAAUAGACGUUCAAGAAGAAGACCAAGCUCAACACGAAGACCAAGUUGAACAAGAAGAAUACAUAGAAGACCACGAAAGAAUAAAAGAACAUAGUGCUAAUUCUAGAAACUCAACAGAAACACCAAAAACAUCUAUCAAGUUGGAAAACGAACUGAAUUCGACAGGCAGUCUGGUUUCUGUAAUUUCCGAACCAAAAUCUGAGAGACUAAGGAAGCUAUCGCAGCAGCUGCCUAAAAUUAUAAUCACUCAGAGUAAUACAAGUUUGAACUUUAAAAGGUUAGAGGAAGCAGUCGAAAUUCCAGUUAAAAUAGAGAAGAAAAAGAUAAAUAGGAAUCCUCCGGCUAUCCGCAAUAAGACUGUUUACGGAGAUUUCCCCAAAAGACUCGUCUCCAAGAACGGGAUGGAGAACAUCGCUCUCAUCAAAAACGUACCUUUUGAAAAAAUCAGACUCCUCAACGACACCUUCCAUACUUUGAUCAAUCUUCGAUGGCGUUGGAUCGUCAUCGGUACAAUGGUGGUCCAUUUCGCCAUUUGGCUGGUCUUCGCGGUAUUCUGGUAUAUAUCAGCAUUGGCCCACUACGACUUCGAGCCAGAUCCACCGAAGAAGACUUGCGUGACGGGUGGCAAAGAUUUCGUGACGAUAUUCUUGGCAUCUGUUGAGGCUCAGACAACGAUAGGCUUUGGAGAUCGCGCCAUAGACGAAGAAUGUCCUGAAUCUAUCUUCCUAUUCAUCAUGCAGUUGAUCCUCGGCACCGGGCUAUCCGGGGUACUGACAUGUGUGGUAUACGCAAAACUAACGCGCCCAGAGAAACUGUCUCGCGAUGGAGUUGGUUUCAGUAAGAAGGCUGUGAUCAGCAUGCGCGACGGUCAGCUAUGUCUGAUGAUGAGGGCCUGGGACCUCAACUACGACCACAUCAUCUGCUCAGAAUUCUCAGCACAUUUCAUAACAACCCACAGGACCAAAGAAGGUGAGGUGUUGCGGUAUUACGCCAGGCCUAUGGCGCUCCAGCAGCGACAGUUCCCUCUGUGGCCAGUCACUAUAGUCCACAUUAUUGAUGCCGGCAGCCCUCUAUAUGAGUAUACUCCAGAAGCUCUGGCGAAUAGCAGCUAUGAGAUUACUUUGAGCCUGAAGGGGGCAUCAGCAUCAAUGGGAACAUUUACACAGAGUCAAACGUCUUAUCUGCCACGGGAAGUCGUGUGGGGACAUAGAUUCAAACCAGUUGUCAGAUAUGACGGCAGAAAACAGAAGUACGUGAUUGAAGAGAAGAAACUGGACGCGACAGAGCCUGUUGAUACUCCCUACUGUAGUGCCAAGGAAUUACACAGUACAUCGAAGGAUAGCUGCUCGACCCCACGCCCGUGUACUCCAAGCUCCUUCUGCGAAAAGAUCUCUGCAUUCCAACUGGAAAGAUCAUCGUCUUUCAGAAAGAAGACCACGGCAUCAUGAUAUUUAGCGAUAACUAGUUUCUGUUCAGUGUGAGAAAAGAGAAAAUAUUCGAUAGUAUUUUCUAAGAUUUUCACAAGGCAUAUUGUGAACGAUCAUAGUUAGGGUAGCUUAUGGCUUCCCACGGGUCGCUAUUACCAUUAUCAAAUACACACUAUGGAUCAAAUUGUCUUAUAAUUUUGUGAUGCGAUCAUAUUUCACCUUUGGCUUGAAAUUACUGGUGGUAGGACCUCUUGUGAGUCCGCACGGGUAGGUACCACCGCCCUGCCUAUUUCUACCGUGAAGCAGUCUAUGCGUUGAAGGGUGGGGCAGCCGUUGUACUAUAAAAACUGAGACUUUAGAGCUCAUGUCCCAAGGUAAGUGGUGGCAUUUACUUUGUAGAUGUAUAUGUGCUUCGCUAACCACUUAACAUCAGGGUUGGUCGUGAGCUCAUCCACCUUCACAAGCAAUUAAAAAAAAACAACCAAUAAGUAAUUAAAUAAUACUUAAUUGUUCAUUUCCUCAUAUUCUAUCAGUGAAGAUUCUCAAUUGUCUGCCUGUUUAUAAAUAAAAUGUUUGCUUGAUGAAAAA